UUUCCCGCGGCUGUUCGCUAUUCGAAUGGGUCGUGGCGGCGGCGGCGGCAGCGGCGGCGGCGGUUGAGGCGUGUAACGGUCGCCCUGCUCCGGAGCGACGAUGGCGGCUUUAGGGGCUGGAGGUUACGCGCGGAACGAUGCAGUCGAGAAGCUGCCAACUGUCAUGGCGGGAGUUCCGGGGCGGAGGACCCAGUCCUCUCCGCCCCCCGCUCCACCGCUUUGCCUCCGGCGGCGGACGCGACUGUCAGCGGCGCCUGAGGACUCGGUGCAGAACCGGGUGUCCCUUGAGAAGGUGCUCGGCAUCACCGCCCAGAACAGCAGCGGCCUGACCUGUGACCCCAGCACGGGCCAUGUGGCCUACCUGGCAGGCUGUGUGGUGGUGAUUUUGAGCCCUAAGGAGAACAAGCAGCAGCACAUUUUUAAUACUGCCAGGAAAUCCCUGAGUGCUCUGGCCUUCUCCCCCGAUGGCAAGUACAUCGUGACGGGCGAGAACGGGCACAGGCCUGCUGUGCGCAUCUGGGACGUGGAUGAGAAGAGUCAGGUGGCAGAGAUGCUGGGCCACAAGUACGGUGUGGCCUGUGUGGCCUUCUCCCCCAACAUGAAGCACAUCGUGUCCAUGGGCUACCAACACGACAUGGUGCUCAACGUCUGGGACUGGAAGAGGGACAUUGUGGUGGCCUCCAACAAGGUAUCGUGUAGGGUCAUCGCCCUCUCCUUCUCAGAGGACAGCAGCUAUUUUGUCACCGUCGGGAACCGGCAUGUGAGGUUCUGGUUCUUGGAAGUCUCCACAGAAGCCAAGGUGACAGGCACGGUGCCCCUCGUGGGUCGCUCGGGCAUCCUGGGUGAGCUGCACGACAACAUCUUCUGUGGUGUGGCCUGUGGCCGUGGCCAGAUGGCAGGCAAUACCUUCUGUGUGUCCUACUCGGGCCUCCUAUGCCAGUUCAAUGAGAAGAGGGUGCUGGAGAAGUGGAUCAACCUAAAGGUCUCCCUGGCUUCCUGCCUCUGUGUCAGCCAGGACCUCAUCUUCUGUGGCUGCACAGACGGGACCGUCCGCAUCUUCCAGGCCCACAACCUGCACUACCUCGCCAACCUGCCCAAGCCUCACUACCUCGGGGUGGACGUGGCCCAGGGCCUGGAUCCCAGCUUCCUCUUCUACAGAAAGGCAGAAGCAGUCUACCCAGAUACAGUGGCACUGACCUUCGACCCCAUCCACCAGUGGCUGUCCUGUGUGUAUAAGGACCAUAGCAUCUAUAUCUGGGACGUCAAAGACAUCAACAAAGUCGGCAAGAUGUGGUCAGAGCUCUUCCACAGCUCCUACGUCUGGAAUGUGGAGGUGUAUCCUGAGUUUGAAGAUCAGAGAGCUUGUCUGCCAUCAGGCUCUUUCCUGACUUGUUCCUCAGACAAUACCAUCCGCUUCUGGAACAUGGAUAGCAGCCCUGAUUCCCACUGGCAGAAAAACAUCUUCAGCAACACCCUGCUGAAGGUGGUGUAUGUGGAAAACGACAUCCAGCACCUGCAGGACAUGUCACACUUCCCAGACCGGGGCAGUGAGAGCGGGACGCCUGUGGACGCGAAGGCCGGGGUGCGAGUCAUGCAGGUCAGUCCUGACGGCCAGCACUUGGCUUCAGGCGACCGAAGUGGAAAUCUGAGGAUCCACGAGCUGCACUUCAUGGACGAGCUGGUCAAGGUGGAGGCCCAUGAUGCUGAGGUGCUGUGCCUGGAAUACUCCAAGCCGGAGACGGGACUGACUCUGCUGGCCUCGGCCAGUCGGGACCGGCUGAUCCACGUGCUGAACGUGGAGAAGAACUACAACCUGGAGCAGACCCUGGACGACCACUCCUCCUCCAUCACGGCCAUCAAGUUUGCUGGCAACAGAGACAUCCAGAUGAUCAGCUGUGGGGCUGACAAGAGCAUCUACUUUCGCAGUGCCCAGCGGGCCUCAGAUGGACUGCACUUCGUCCGUACCCACCACGUGGCAGAGAAGACCACCUUAUACGACAUGGACAUUGACAUCACCCAGAAGUACGUGGCUGUGGCCUGCCAGGACCGCAAUGUGAGGGUCUACAACACGGUGAACGGGAAGCAGAAGAAGUGCUACAGGGGCUCCCAGGGAGACGAAGGGUCCCUGCUGAAGGUCCACGUGGACCCCUCCGGUACCUUCCUGGCCACCAGCUGCUCUGACAAGAGCAUCUCAGUGAUCGACUUUUACUCGGGGGAAUGCAUUGCCAAGAUGUUUGGCCACUCAGAAAUCGUAACCGGCAUGAAGUUCACCUAUGACUGUCGUCACUUGAUCACAGUGUCUGGAGACAGCUGCGUGUUCAUCUGGCACCUGGGCCCGGAGAUAACGAGCUGCAUGAAGCAGCACUUGCUGGAGAUCAACCGCCAGGAGCAGCAGCAGCAGCACACGCGGCCCGGGAAGUGGAGCAGCCAGCCCAGGCAGGAGACGUUUGUGUCCGUGCCCAGCGAGGUUUGCUCCCUGAGCCCUGGUGAGCAGACAGAGGGCGAGCUGGAGGAGGAGUGUGACCCGGAAGAGUUGCUGAAGACCCCCUCCAAAGAGAGCUUAGAUCCAGGGCCUCAGUGCCUGCUGACCAACGGGAAGCUGCCACUCUGGGCAAAGCGACUGCUGGGAGACGACGACGUGUCAGAAGGCUCCAGCUUCCACACCAAGCGCAGCUACCAGCCGCACGGCCGCUGGGCGGAGCGGGCCGACCAGGAGCCCCUCAAGGCCCUCCUGGAUGCCCGGAACCUGGACUGCUGCUUCACCCCCAUGAAGCCGGAGAGCCUCGAUGACUCCACCAUGGAUGGCUUGGAGCCACAGAACCUGGCGGGCCUGCUGAGCAAGUCAGAGAGUCCCCAGGAGAAUGGCUGCGGGCUUUCCUCCUUCCUGCCCCCCCAGAGGGAGUCCUCGGAGGCCAACCAGCUCCUCGUCGGCUCGCUGGAGGCGGAGGUGACACUCACAGGGACAGGCAGCAGAUACAGUGAGCAGGAAGUAGGGGGGGCAUCUGGAGACCAGCAAGGUGACCCCUACCUCAGGGCCUCCUCCGUCGACUGCAAGGACCUGAGCCCACCUGAGGACUCGGGGGAGUCAGAGGCCGACGUGGAGUACAGCUUUGCCGCUGUCCAUUCCUCGCCCCCACUGCUGGGCCCAGAGCUGCGCUCUGACGUGAUGGUGUCCCCCACCCCAGGAUGCCCAGGCACCACGGAGGAGCUGGCCCGGCCCGAAGUGCCCGGCAUACCCAGCAGCUCCCUGCCCCAGACGCCAGAGCAGGAGAAGUUCCUUCGCCACCACUUCGAGACGCUGACUGACGCCCACCCUGAGGAGCUCUUCCACGGGUCGCUGAGAGACGUGAAGGCCUCUGAGGCCGAGGACUACUACUUCAAUCCCCGGCUGAGCAUUUCAGCCCAGUUCCUCUCUCGCCUCCAGAAGACAUCCAGAUUCACCAACACUUUCCCCCCUCGGCUGUCGCUGCACCUCAUGAAGUCCCCAGAGGCCAAACUCACCGACCAUCGGAGGAGCCAGUCCAGAGCAGAGCCCCUGAAAGCCAGGCCUGGUCACACCUCCCCAGGCAGGACCAGUAUGCUCUCUGGAGGGAAGGCCGAGGAGCCCCACGAUUCCAUGGAGGCCUGGUACCCAAUGAACCCCAGCCUCACAGGCCUGCCACCCUGGCUCCCCUCUUCUGCGUUGCUGCUCCCAGACAGGAAUCCUUUGACACCCACGGCCGCAGCCACCCCAGACCUGGCUCAGGGUCGCCGCACCUCCUCCCCCUGCCCCUUCAUGGAGGCCACGGACAACUCCCGUGCCAAGGCAUCACGCAGCAUCUCCCUCGAGGACAGUGAGGACCCUGAUCUGGCUGAGCUGGCCAGGCCCCUCCGCAGACCCUCCUCCAUGGGGGAGCUGGUCACCCUGAGCCAGGAUCUCCAGGCCAUCACUACCACAACGGCACUGGAUUCUGACAGUGAGGACCCAGGGCCUGUUCUCCCACCCUGGGGCAACCAUGAGGCCCGAGCCAACCUGAAACUGACCCUGUCAAGCGUCUGUGACAAACUCUUGCUGCCCCAACCCCUGCUGGCAAUACCCCACACACAGGAGCCCAUGGCCACCCAGCCCAACUCGAUAGCCUCGACAGCCAGCUGCCCAGCCUCCAGCCCUGUGGAUGGGAGCACCCCAAAACUCCUCACCUCUGCCUUUGUCUCAAGUCUCCUGACCCCUGAGCUCCCUGCUCACUCCAACAGCCCCACACCUCCAGAGGCCACACCCGAGAUCCCUGGAAGCUUCACCUCCCUCCUGGAGUCCAGCCCUGGUGCGCUGGUCCCAGGCAGUCCUGGACACUGGGGGGAGCCCAGGCUGCCACCUAGGGUCCUGCCCGCUCCCCCCUGUGAGCUGAGCAGUGCGGGGACUGUUGUGCACAGACUGCAGGUGGCCUUUCAAGAUGCCCUGGAACUGUACCACCUGAUAGUGUCCAGUGACCAGGUGAGCACCGAGCAGCAGCAGGCCCAGUCUGACCUGACCUCCACCUUCCUCUGGAUCCACAGCCACUUAGAGGCCAACGACGGGCUGAUGGGGACUGAUGGGGUCUCAGCCCGGGCCCUGCCCAGCCUGGGCGCCCCCUCCCCGCCCACGCUGUGCCCCCUGGCCAGCCCAGAUCUGCGCGCCCUGCUGGAGCACUACUCAGAGCUGCUAGUGCAGACCGUGCAGAGGAAGGUGCAGGGGCGCUGAGGGCAGCCGCCUGCCUCCGCCUUGGCACUGCUGUUCCUGAAGAAACAGGUGUUUUAAACAAAUAAACCGACAGCUUGGAGGAACAGAUCCUGGUGCUCUCCUGGCAUCACACGGCCCCCUUCAGAUGAAUGCAGAGAGGGAGGGUGGAGAGCAAAGCCCUGGAGCUCCAGUAUGCCUUGCCAGGCCCUGCGCCAGGACUCCGUUAGCGGGAGCACGGGCCAGCACACCGAGGAGCGUGCAAACUGCAGUGAUGACCCCAGCGCCUGGCUCCCGUCAUCCAGCCCCCGCGCACCAGUGGUGCCCAGGGAGGGGCUUGCCCUUCUGUCCUGCCUCACUGAAGUCCAAGGACAGUGGCGUCACAUGUGCCAGGCACUGGCCCCUGGUAUACACUGCCGCGCCCCGAAGCACGGCCCACACUGGAUCCUGGAAGUCAGGCUUUGUCCCCAUCUGUAGCAGUGGCGACUGAGGAGAGGCAGGCUCAGCCCAUGGACAGUCCAGGCAGCAGGCCAGGCUGCCCAGCAGCCCCAGCCUCCCCUGAGCGACCAUUGCUGGUACCAGCCUCCCCAGGCAGCAGGCUUCGGGCCCCUAGGAAGGCUCUGGCCCGAGGGUCCCACGUCAGGAAGUCAUUUGGGGGGUGGGAGUUCCUGAGUCCUGCUCCAGUGGUCCUGCCCCGCCCCCCAGGAAGGGGCUCAGAGCCAGCAUCUCGCCCAGGCCUUCAUGCUGAGACUCUGGCUAGGCCUUCCUGGGGCACAGUCAUGUUCCCCUGCGCCCUCCAGACACUGGCACCGCUGGGUCCACUGAGCAGAGGUUGAGAAGAUCCUGCCAGGCCCGGGAUUCCUGUCAUGUUCUCCGCCUUAGAAGAGUGAGGGUCAAGACAGGCAGAGCCUGCUAUCGUGGCAUUUACCUUCUAGAGGUGCAACACGGGAUUCAGGAUAUAUCUAACUGAGGGGGUUCACCGGCCGGCUGAAGAGGGGUGGAGAGGCCUUUGUGAGCGAACAUCUCCCCUGAGCCCACGUGGCAUCUUGGGAAAGGAUCCAGCCCCACAGGAGGAGGAGGAAGAUCACAUAGGUGUGAGGGAAACGAACGCCGGGAUGGCUGGGAAGGCGUGAGCUGGGGGGGACUGGAGGGGUACGGG